AUGGCAAAUUCUAUGAAUGGCAGAAACCCUGGUGGUCGAGGAGGAAACCCCCGAAAAGGACGAAUUUUGGGUAUUAUUGAUGCUAUUCAAGAUGCAGUUGGACCCCCUAAGCAAGCCGCAGCAGAUCGCAGGACUGUGGAGAAAACUUGGAAGCUCAUGGACAAAGUGGUCAGACUGUGCCAAAACCCCAAACUCCAGCUGAAAAAUAGCCCACCAUAUAUACUUGAUAUUUUACCUGAUACAUAUCAACAUUUGAGACUUAUAUUGAGUAAAUAUGAUGACAACCAGAAACUUGCCCAACUCAGUGAGAAUGAAUAUUUUAAAAUCUACAUUGAUAGUCUAAUGAAAAAGUCAAAAAGGGCAAUAAGGCUCUUUAAAGAAGGGAAGGAGAGGAUGUAUGAAGAGCAGUCGCAGGACAGACGAAAUCUCACAAAACUAUCCCUUAUCUUCAGUCACAUGUUGGCAGAAAUCAAAGCAAUCUUUCCCAAUGGACAGUUCCAGGGAGAUAACUUCCGUAUCACGAAAGCAGAUGCUGCUGAAUUCUGGAGAAAGUUUUUUGGAGACAAAACGAUCGUACCAUGGAAAGUAUUCAGACAGUGCCUUCAUGAGGUGCAUCAGAUUAGCUCUGGCCUGGAAGCAAUGGCUCUCAAAUCAACAAUUGACUUGACUUGUAAUGAUUACAUUUCGGUUUUUGAAUUUGAUAUUUUUACCAGACUGUUCCAGCCUUGGGGCUCUAUUUUACGGAAUUGGAAUUUCUUAGCUGUAACACAUCCGGGUUACAUGGCAUUUCUCACAUAUGAUGAAGUGAAAGCACGGCUACAGAAAUACAGCACCAAGCCCGGAAGCUACAUUUUCCGCUUAAGCUGCACCAGGCUGGGGCAGUGGGCCAUUGGCUAUGUGACAGGGGACGGCAAUAUCUUACAGACCAUACCGCACAACAAGCCCUUGUUUCAAGCCCUGAUUGAUGGAAGCAGGGAAGGAUUCUAUCUUUAUCCUGAUGGAAGGAGUUAUAAUCCUGAUUUAACUGGACUAUGUGAACCUACACCCCAUGAUCAUAUAAAAGUUACACAGGAACAAUAUGAGUUAUACUGUGAGAUGGGUUCCACUUUCCAGCUCUGUAAGAUCUGUGCUGAGAACGACAAGGAUGUCAAGAUCGAGCCUUGUGGGCACCUGAUGUGCACCUCUUGUCUCACCGCCUGGCAGGAGUCAGACGGCCAGGGGUGCCCAUUCUGUCGCUGCGAAAUAAAAGGGACGGAGCCCAUCAUUGUGGACCCCUUUGAUCCGAGGGACGAAGGGUCCAGGUGCUGUAGCAUCAUCGACCCUUUUGGAAUGCCCAUGCUGGACUUGGACGAUGAUGAUGACCGGGAAGAGUCCUUGAUGAUGAAUCGGUUGGCAAAUGUUCGAAAGUGCACUGAGAGGCAGAGCUCCCCCGUCACGUCUCCCGGAUCCUCUCCCCUGGCUCAGAGAAGAAAGCCACACCCAGACCCUCUCCAGAUCCCACAUCUAAGCCUCCCUCCAGUGCCUCCCCGCCUGGACCUCAUUCAGAAAGGCAUAGUUCGGUCUCCCUGUGGCAGCCCCACUGGCUCACCAAAGUCUUCUCCUUGCAUGGUGAGAAAACAAGAUAAACCACUCCCAGCCCCACCACCACCCUUAAGAGACCCUCCUCCCCCUCCACCCGAGAGGCCUCCCCCAGUGCCCCCGGACAACAGACUGAGCCGUCACAUCCAUCACGUGGAAAGCGUGCCUCCCAGAGACCAGCCCGUGCCUCUUGAAGCCUGGUGCCCGCGGGACGUGCUGGGGACUAAUCAGUCGGUGGGAUGUCGCCUCCUUGGGGACGGCUCCCCGAAGCCUGGAAUCACGGCGAGUUCCAGUGCAAACGGAAGGCAUAGUCGGAUGGGCUCUGACCCAGUGCUUCUCCGGAAACACAGGCGCAAUGAUGUGCCUUUAGAAGGAGCCAAGGUCUUUUCCAAUGGUCACCUGGGAAGUGAAGAAUACGAUGUUCCUCCCCGGCUUUCUCCUCCCCCUUCCGCUGCCACCCUUCUCCCCAGCAUCAGGUGUACUGGUCCAUUAGCGAAUUCCCUUUCAGAGAAAACAAGAGACCUGGUAGAGGAAGAUGACGAUGAAUACAAGAUUCCUUCAUCCCAUCCUGUUUCCUUGAAUUCACAACCAUCUCAUUGUCAUAAUGCAAAACCUCCUCCUAGAUCUUGUGAUAACGGUCACUGCAUAUUGAAUGGAACACAUGGCACAUCCUCAGAGAUGAAGAAAUCAAACAUCCCUGAGUUAGGCGCGUAUUUAAAGGGAGAUGGUUUUGAUUCAGCAGCCUGCGAUCCAGUGCCAUUGCUACCCGCCAGGCCUGCAGCCCGGGACAGUGCAAAGCAUGGGUCUUCACUCAACAGGACGCCCUCUGAUUAUGACCUCCUCAUCCCUCCGUUAGGCGAAGAUGCUUUUGAUGCCCUGCCUCCGUCCCUCCCGCCUCCCCCACCUCCCGCAAGGCACAGCGUCAUCGAACAUUCGAAACCUCCUGGCUCCGGCAGCCGACCAUCCUCAGGACAGGACCUUUUCCUCCUUCCGUCAGAUCCCUUUUUUGCUCCAGCAAGUGGCCAAGCUCCUUCGCCUCCUGCUAGGAGAUCACCAGGCGAGACUGUCAAGCCCAGCAGAGCGCCGCAGGACUAUGAUCCACUCCCUUCAUCUUCAGAUGGUUCACAAGCACCAGCCAGACCUCCUAAACCACGACCCCGCAGGACUGCACCCGAAAUUCACCACCGAAAACCCCACGGGCCGGAGGCAGCAUUGGAAAACGUCGAUGCAAAAAUUGCAAAACUCAUGGGAGAGGGCUAUGCCUUUGAAGAAGUGAAAAGAGCCUUAGAAAUAGCCCAGAAUAAUGUGGAGGUGGCCCGUAGCAUCCUCCGAGAAUUUGCCUUCCCCCCUCCAGUCUCCCCACGUCUAAAUCUAUAG